AUGCCCCUUCCGCGCCAGAGGAUGAUUUUCCGGCGGCCGAUGCCAUGCGGCCCGGAGCCGUUCCGCGUCGGCGGGCUCCUGUGGGCGGCGCCCAGACGGGAUGUGGCCUCGGGUGCGAAGGCCAAGGCGCAGGAUGACAACCCGUACAGGGAGACGGUCACGCUGCCGCAGACGGCGUUCAGCCUGAGGGCAAACUCCGCGGUCAGGGAGCCGGAGAUCCAGAGGUGGUGGGCGGAGGAGGGCGUGUACGGCGACCUGUGGGCGAACAACCCGGGGGAGGUGUUCACGCUGCACGACGGGCCGCCCUACGCCAACGGCGACCUACACAUGGGGCACGCCAUGAACAAGAUCCUGAAGGACGUGAUCAACCGGUACCAGCUGCUCAAGGGGCGGAGGGCCAGGUUCGUGCCAGGGUGGGACGCGCACGGCCUGCCCAUCGAGCUCAAGGUCCUGCAGUCGAUGCCGCGGGAGAGGCAGCUAGAACUGACGCCCAUCAAGCUGCGGCGCAAGGCCAGGGACUUCGCCCAGAAGACCAUCGACGCGCAGAGGGAGCAGUUCAAGAGGUACGGCGUGUGGGCGGACUGGGAGGAGCCCUACGUGACGAUGCAGCCGCAGUACGAGGCCGCCCAGCUGGGUGUGUUCGGGAGGAUGGUGGCCAAGGGGCACAUCUACAGGGGCAGGAAACCCGUGCACUGGAGCCCGUCCUCCCAGACCGCCCUGGCCGAGGCCGAGCUGGAGUACCCCGAGGGCCACACGUCGAGGUCGUGCUACGUGGCGCUGGAGGUUGUGGAUGGGAACGGCGUGAUCAGGGCGGAUGGGCCGUCCUCGCUGGCCAUUUGGACCACGACGCCAUGGACAAUCCCGGCCAACCGCGCUGUGGCCGUGAAUCCUGAAAUCGACUACGUCGCGGCGGCAGUCAGUGGCGAAGGCGGCCGCGAGGGUGGCCAAAUUGUGGUUGCCGCCGAGCUCGUGGGGCGUCUGUCGGAGAAGCUCGGCAAGCAGCUGACUGCUGUGAGUGCCUUCAAGGGCAGGGAUCUUGAAGGGGUGACGUAUCGGCACCCGCUGUUCCCUGACAAAGUGCAGCCCGUCAUCCUUGGGGGAGACUACAUAACUACGGAUGCGGGCAGUGGCCUCGUGCACACGGCACCCGGACAUGGCCAGGAGGACUACCAGGUGGCCCUUAAGUACGGCCUUGAGAUCUUCACCCCCGUUGAUGACAAUGGGGUGUUCACAGAGGCGGCAGGCCGAUUCUCUGGAAUGGCAGUUCUGAAAGAGGGGAACGAGGCUGUGUUGGCAGAGUUGGAGCAGCAGGGACUGCUCAUCAAGGAGGAGCCCUAUGUUCACAAGUACCCGUACGACUGGAGGACCAAGAAGCCAGUCAUCUUCAGGGCCACGGAGCAGUGGUUUGCAUCUGUGGAGGGCUUCAGGGAGGAGGCCCUGGAAGCCAUCAAGUCCACGUCGUGGAUGCCUGCCUCUGGGUUCAAUCGGAUCAACGGCAUGGUGGAGGGUCGAACAGAUUGGUGCAUCUCUAGGCAGAGGCGUUGGGGCGUGCCAAUCCCUGCCUUCUAUGAUGUCCAAACAGGGGAGCCCCUCAUGACACAGGAGACUAUAGCCCACAUUGCAGAGGUCGUCAGGAAGCAUGGCACCGAUGCUUGGUGGCAGAUGCCGACGGAGGACUUGCUGCCUGAGGGCCUCAAGGAACGAGCUGGCAGUCUUAAGAAGGGCCAAGACACGAUGGACGUGUGGUUUGAUUCGGGCUCGAGCUGGGCAGCAGUGGCAGAGAAGCUGCCGGGCCUGAGGUACCCUGCGGACCUGUACCUUGAGGGCUCGGAUCAGCACAGGGGUUGGUUCCAGAGCUCACUGCUGACAAGUGUUGCUGUCAAUGGGAAAUCUCCCUAUGGUGCCGUACUGACCCACGGUUUCAUUCUGGACGAGUCGGGAAAGAAGAUGUCCAAGAGUGUGGGCAAUGUACUGGAUCCCAAGGUGGUGAUCGAGGGAGGGAAGAACUUGAAGAAAGAACCUGCCUAUGGCGCGGACGUGCUGCGCUUGUGGGUGGCAGCGGUUGACUACACCAACGACGUUAUCUUUGGGCCCAACAUAUUGAAGCAGACGGCAGAAGUUUAUAGGAAGAUACGAGGCACCAUCCGAUUUCUGUUGGGCAGUCUGUCUGACUUUGAUGCUCAGCAGCACUCAGUUGCAUACCAAAGCCUCCCCUCUCUGGAUCGGUACAUUCUCGGUCGCUUUCACUCUGUUCAGAUGGAACUGGACAGCGCGUACAGCUCGUACCAGUUCUCUAAAGUCUUCCAAGGCAUCCAGAGAUUCGUCAUCGUCGACCUGUCAAACUUCUACUUCGAUGUGGCAAAAGACAGGCUGUAUGUGCAGGGCCGGUCUUCAGGCUCCCGACGCGCCUGCCAGACAGCGAUGCACCACAUCCUCGCAGGCUUGCUUUCCUCCAUCGCGCCCAUCCUCCCCCACAUGGCUGAGGACGCCUGGUCCUGUUGGCACAGUCCAGCAGAUGGGCGCCGUCACUCCAUUUUCAAGAAUGGCUGGCGCGCCCCUGACGAUGAAUGGCGUAGUCAGUGGAGUGAUGAUGACGUGCUGGCCUGGGAGCACGUGUUCCGCCUUCGGGAGGUCGUCACCAAGGCCCUGGAGGUCGCACGGGAGAACAAGCUGAUCGGGGCACCCCUGGAGGCAAAGGUGCUCAUCCACAUGGAGGAUCCGUCCAAAAUUGAGCGGGCAGUGUCUUUUGGUCCCAACGCAAACGGCGUCGACGAGCUGCGCUACAUUUUCAUCACUUCGAGUGUGGAGAAGACGACUGAGGACGCAGCUGGCCAGGCGCCUCACUGUGUGAGUGUUGACGUGCAGGGUCUGGGCCGCGUGACAGUCGGCGUGUCCAGGGCGGAUGGGCGAAAAUGUGCACGGUGUUGGAACUGGAGCGAGCAGGUUGGGUCAGAUGGUCGGCACCCACAGCUGUGCGAGCGCUGUUUGCCGGUGGUUGAGGAAAUGGGGUUUGAGCUGCCACCCAAGACCGUGGAAGAUUCGUUGGUUGGCGCCAAGUCAUAG